CAAAAUACUCCCCAAAGUACUUGAUAGUCACUUGAUAGUUUUGGCUUUUUGCCCUCCCUUCAAUACAGUUCUCUCUCACUCACUCUCUCUCUCUCUCACUCACUCUCUCACUCUCUGGCCGUCUUUUUCUUUCUCUCUCGCUGUCUCAUUCUCCUCUUUUCCCCUCCCUUUCUCUUUCUCUCAUGUGGGUAAUAGCAGUGCCACGCUGUGGCAGUCACUCUCACAGCAGGAGGACAAGAGGCGAAGGCAGGAAUGAAAGAGCAGUUUCUUUCUCUAGGGACUGGAUGGAGCUUAUGCUCUUCAGGCAACAGGAGCAUCCAGGAUUUCCUUUUAAGGCUGGAGGGAUGUGUGAAAGCAGAGUGAGGCUGUCCUCCACUGAACAGGACUGUGCUGUUCCAGAAGGCCCUAUCACGAGGAUCUUAUAGUGCUUUUUCACCAUGAGCAUCGCAGUGUCACCGGUGGCCAGUGAGGCUGCCUCCCCCAUGAUCACCUCCGUCACACCUACCCUGGAGUCUGUCCCUAAGGAGGAGCAGCCAGGCCCCUGUGGGUCCAGCAGCAUCAUGGACGGUGUAGGUCAGGCCCGGGACCCCUGUAGGAGUUAUCAGAAGCCCCCUCCUCUGCACACGGGAGCCGAUUGGAAGGUGGUGCUCCACCUGCCAGAGAUAGAGACCUGGCUGAGAGCCACAGCAGAGAGGGUGAGCGAUCUCACUCACUCCGUCCAGCAGGACAGCCACAACAGGCAUGUGGAUGUUCACCUGGUGCAGCUAAAGGACAUCUGUGAGGACAUAUCAGAUCAUGUGGAGCAGAUCCACGCUCUGCUGGAGACUGAGUUCUCCCUGAAGCUGCUGUCCUAUUCGGUCAACAUCAUCGUGGACAUCCGCAGCGUGCAGCUGCUGUGGCACCAGCUCCGCGUCUCCGUGCUGGUUCUGAAGGAGAGACUCCUCCAGGGCCUGCAGGACUCCAACGGCAACUACACCCGCCAGACUGACAUAUUGCAGGCCUUCAGCCAGGACCACGAUCAGGCCCGACUGGAUGCAUUGACAGAGGUGGAUGACUCGGGUCAGCUGACCAUUAAAUGCAGCCAGGACUACUUUUCCUUGGACUGUGGCAUCACUGCUUACGAGCUGAGUGACUACAGCCCACACGAGGAGGACAUAGAGGGCCGGGUUUCAGGCCAAGAGACACGCUCCCUUUACCCUGAGCUGGAGCGAGACUUUCCUGAGCUGCUCCAGAGCGUAGAUCUCCUGACCAUUGCUGCCUCCAGACAGAGCCAAGAACCACCACCAGAAUCCACCGAGGGUACCCAAAGUGGGCCCGGGGACCAGUCACCAUCCACAGGCGAUUCUAUGCAGGGUAGCACCUUUCAGGGAGAGAACGGCCUUGGCUUGUCCAAGCGACCGCUUCAGGGCUCCCACAGUAGCAAAGUAUCUCCAACACAGCCCUCAAUGCCCAAAAAGCCCAUGUACAUGGAGGCAAGCCUCAGCAGACCCUCUCCUCUGCAGUACCAGGCUGACAUUAGCAGAAGCACACCUUCUCUCCUGGACCUGCCUGAUCGUUCCAAGUUCUGGCUGGAGCUAGAGACAGUCUAUCCCAGCAAUGGGAGUCAAUCUGAUGAGAACCUCCAUAUGAUGAACGGUAAAAAUCGUCAGACAAAUCGCCAAGCAACUUUUCAGAAGCAUAUAACCAUUGGUAGGGCCCUGAUUCCCCUUCAGAGAAGCUCAUCUGAAUCGAGGCCGGAAUAUAGCACUGAGACUACUAACCUGCAUUUAAGCCCAAAGAACAAGCCCUCAAAUAAUAAGUCCAACAGUGACUUCUCCAGUCUUCCAUCUUCAUCAGGGGAGGACACCUCAGACCAUGACCCUCAUGAAAGCUCCUCCAGCCCAGACAAUCACGCAGGUACCACAGGUUGUCUGUGGAUCAUGCCUCAUGCACCCCAACCAGCCAAUAGUAGCCCUAAAGAUGAUUGUUGGUAUGGUUCAGAGGAGUUCCUGGCCCUUCCUGCUCAGCUAAGGAAAACUGAAAUGCUGGCACUGAAGCUGGAGAGCCUUGCACAGGCCUUACCCCCGAGAGCUCUCCAGCAACCCAUCCAGGAUGUAGACGACUGGGAGCUGACUGAGGCCAACCCAGAAUGGGAGAGCGGCCUCCAUCUUCUUCCCCCACAGUCCUACAAGAAGCAGUUCACAGGACGAUGUUUCUCGUCCUCCUCCAGUGACGUCGCCCCCUCUGUAGAUGAAAGCAUUGAGUCUGGGCCCCUCAGUGAUCUGAUAUCUGAGGAUGAGGGUGGCUGGAGCAGGCCUGAGUCCCGGAGAACUGAGAGGAAUGCCUUACAGCCCAAAGUCUCUCAGAUGGUGUUCCAGUGUACACCUCUGAUCCAGCAGCUACUGCAGGACAUCCAGCACCAAGAGAACUACCAGGACAUCUGGGGAAAGAUAGAGGGGUUCGUCUCUAAGCUGGAUGAGUUUAUCUGCUGGCUGAGAGAAGCGCUGGAGACCACUGAGAACUGGACUCCACCCAGAGCCGAUACUGACAGCCUCCGACUCUACCUGGAAACACACCUUAGCUUCAAGCUGAACGUGGACAGUCACAGCGCUCUGAAAGACAGUGUGCUGGAGGAGGGGAGGCAGCUGCUGGAACUCAUCACCUCCCACAAAUCAGGUCUCCAGGACAUGCUCCAGAUGAUCGCGCACCAGUGGCAGGAGCUGCAGAGGCAGAUCCGCCGGCAGCACAGCUGGAUGCUGCGAACUCUGGACACCAUCAAAGCCCGUAUUGUGGCCAGCGAGGGUUCUCCAGACCCCGAGGACCCUGUGGACCUCGGUCCCCAUGCCAGCCCCAAGUCACAGGUGCAGCAGUGUCAUGCAGAGGCCCAGAGGGAUAUUGUGGAUCAGAUGAGUUUAAAGCUCAGGAGUCAGCAGUACUCCAGCUCCAGCAGGAACAGAGACUUCUCCCUUAUGUCCAAGUUCAACAGCCUAUCGGAGUUCCAGACCGAGUACCAGGAGCUCUGGGAUUGGCUGAUGGACAUGGAAUCCAUUGUGACGGACAGCCACGAACUGAUGAUGUCAGAGGAGCAGCAGCACCAUCUCUAUAAGGGGAACAGUGUAGAGAUGGCCAUGUGGCUCCCGAAGAAGACGCAGCUCCUGGGCUGGGCGGAGAGUCUGAAGAGGAGCAGCACAGAGCUGCCUGCUGACUUUGAGGAGUGCCUCACUGCACUCAGGGCCAAGUGGAAUCAGCUAGAGAAGACCCUGGGGGAGCAUGUGGAGGUGCGAGCGGGUGAUCCAGGUUCUCGCAGGCUGCUCUCUCCAGGCACCAGCAGCAUGGUGGCUCAGCUGGAGAGUAAGAUCAAGGAGCUGAAGAGCUGGCUGAGGGACACCGAGCUCUUCAUCUUUAACCUCAGCCUCCGAGCAGACGCGCAACAUCAGAACCACACACAACAAGACCCCCAGCCAAACUCGCAACACGACCCACGAGAAGACCCACAGCUGGACCCAGAAGUUGCCAAGCAGCUGGAGCACUUCAAGGCUCUGUGUGUGGAGGUGCGAGGCAGGAGGAAGGGUAUAGCCUCUGUGCUGCGGCUGUGUCAGCGCCUGCUGGAGGGGCCGGAGGAGCAGAGCUCUGAAGCCGAGCGCCAGUCUCUGCAGCUUCUGCAGGUGAACCUGGAGAGGCGCUGGGAGGCCAUCAUCAUGCAGGUGCUCCAGUGGCAGAGCCGCCUCAAACGUACCCUGGGCAGAGAACAGGUCCCUGGCAACCUGAUUGAACCAUCGCUUAUGGAUCUUCGUGGCCAAACAGAAGACUCUUGGGAAUGGGAUGAAAUGGACAUGACUAUAGAUAAUAUGGAGUCGCAGGAAUGUGACAUCCCUUCAGAAAUGCCGCUCCAUUCUGUUGGGGAGCUUUUAAAUGUGACUGAGUCAUGUCCCACACAGCCCACAACAAGCCUGAGCACCUUAGAGACAAAUCCAAUGUCUUCCCAAGUUUAUCAGGUGUAUAAUCUACAUCACGUGGAGUUAUACCAACAGCCGCAGUACAAUCAUAAGAGUUCUCCAAAUACCACCAAAACCAAAGGGAAGCAGCCUCUGCUGAAGAGCCUAAGCAAGGAUUCCUCUUUUUCCUCAGUGGAGUCGUUGCCUGAUAUUUUAGGAGGGCUACUGAGUGGGAAACAGGGGUUACUAACGGAUUUAGCUAGGAGAUCAGAAAGUGAGAGUGGGAUAGUCAGUGAGGGAGACACUGAGACCACAGCCAAUUCUGAGAUCUGUCUGCUUUAUCAGUGUGAAGAUCAAAAAAUCACUCCCCCUAUUCGAUCGGAAUCACCUUGUAUAGAUCAAUUGUCAGAUGAAGACAUAGACAGGAUCCUUCAGCGUGCCAACAAAUGUGCAGAGCUCGGAGACAGUCUGGCAGAGGAGACGAAGAACCAAAGAUUUUGUAUGGUGAGGAGGAAGAAAGAAGAGUCUGGAGAAAGCAGGAGAAAACACAGAAAGGAACCAGUUGAGAUCCUCAUUAAUGGACGCUGUGUCAGUCCUGAGUCUGAAGACUGUGACACUGGAGCUUUCAGUGCUGGAGCUGAUGACAAAGGAAGAGUCCGAAAGGAGCAUUCUCAGUUGUCUCAAGGGUCUUCUCUGGACUCCUUGUAUGCUGUGGGAGAAUUAUUUCCAUCGGCCAAAGAGACACUCACACGCAGCACAUCUCUUGAGAGCUGGCUGGCUCCGUGUAAGGCUUCAGAGGAAGUGGGCAGUCAGGGAAGUCUGAGGGACAUCGGCCUGGCCCCAGAGCCCACUGGGGAGCUGAGCAGGAGAACUCUGGAGUUGCUCAAACGACUUGAAAACAUCCGGACCCCUCUUGCCCAGAAGAUGACCCGCAGUGUUUCUGACGUCACCCUUCAGAGCAGCUCUCUUCGUCUACCCUGUCGAGGGCAACGUUCAGGGGGCCCCGCAUCUUCUGCCAACGAGAGCUUAGCAGCUUCUCUAACAGAGCUGAGCAGCGUAGAGGACUCAUCAGUGGCAUCUGAAGAUCUGGCUGUACAGAAGAACCGCCAUGUUGCCGUCAAUUCCAACAAUUCCUUCAAGAAGCACUGCCGUAACCAGCAACUGACGGAUGAGACAGAUGCCAGCAUCAGCAUGGUGGUCAAUGUGUCUUGCACCUCAGCUUGCACUGAUGAUGAAGAUGACAGUGAUCUGCUUUCCAGUUCCACUCUGACCCUAACAGAGGAAGAGCUGGGCAUCAAGGAUGACGAAGACUCUAGCAUUACCUCUGAGGAAGAGUACAUUGAAGGCUCUUUUGCACUGGGGCUGGACUACAUGAAGGGAGAGUUUCAGAGCUGGAUUAAGCACAGAUCACAGAACAAGGAAAAGAAUGAGGCAGAUCUUGGUGAUGAGUUGCGAUGUGGAACCCUGUCCAGAGAGAUUCUUUCCCCUGUGAGGACCACAACAGAUCGCCAAUUCUUGAAUCGAGCUGCUCUAAAGCUCUUAGAGGCAAACACAAAUGCAAGGAAUGACAGCCUCAAACAGGAGGAAGCGGACAGCAGUCGCAGGGAUGCUACCAGAAGUUACAUCAGCCGCUUUGUGGAUGACAUGGAAAAUGGGAACGUGGACAGCUCCCACAUCAAAGGGAAAGAUGAGGACGACGAGCUCCUUAGAGAAGAAGGGACUCUGUUCACUAAGAAAGGAGAGUCAUGUAAGGACUGCCGUACUGUGAAUGCGUUAAACGGUGAUAUAACGGCUACGGGAACUGCCGCCUCACCUGCCUCGUGUGAGCAACUGAACCCACAGUCCAAAGAGUCUUCUCUUGAGGGACAGCUGAAAGGUGAGCUGCCAUGCCACAGCUCCCGUCGCCCGUCUCCAUCUCUGUCUCCAAUGGAUGAGUGCUCAGGGUCCCACCAUAACAUACUGGGAGCCGCUCACUUGAGCUCACAGGAGCGGCUGGCAUCCUUUCUGAACGACGUCCAUGAAAAUCACUCAGAGAGCUUGUCAGGCUGCUGUAGACACCCGUCCUUCCCUGCUGAAGAGGAGAACAGUGAGAACGUUCACAGCUUUGUGAUGGAGAUCAUCGACAUGGCAUCGGUGGCAAAGAAAACGAAAGAUGCACAAACAGAGCACCCUCAGGAAGCCUCCAGCCCAACCUCGGUUUCUCAGAUCAGAGAGAAAGUUCUCGAACACUCGCAUCGGCACAUCCAUUUACGCAAGGGGGACUUCUACAACUACCUGUCACUUUCUUCCCAUGACAGUGACUGUGGAGAAGUCAGUACCUGCACAGAAGACAAGAGCAGCACGCCAGUCCUCUCCAGAACCCCAGAAAUCCGCGACGAAGAGCCUCUGUUCGAGGCUUGCACGGAAGAAGUCUACCUAGGCCCUCCUCUCUGCUACAGCAUGUCCAUUAGCAAAUGGCCCAUGAGACGCAGCACCAAACUAAUAGACCCCUUAUGUCCCCUGAGCCAAGCACCUCCACUGGCCUGUGAUGAAUACCAAAAAGCGCAUAGUAUUUCUCCAGGUAGUAUAGCUGGGAGCCAGCCGCAGUGCCAUAAUGAGGCUCCUUAUCUUAAUCCUUUACCAUGUGAAACCCUGAUAGACACUGUUGAAUGUUUUGCAGAUACUAAAAUGCUUGAAUCCAAUAUUUCCCCUGUAAUGACUAAGAUAAGUGUCUCUUGCUCCAGUACAAAUCCUUUAAAAGAGGAAGGCGGCCUAUAUAUUAAUCCUAAAAUUAACUGUCCCCCGAUAAGAAAGAGUGAUAGGGAUGAAAGAGGUGCUGCUUCACAGUGGAUGAAACAGAAGAAUGUCAAAAAAGGGCGCAGCUCUCCUCAGGAAGCCAAGUCAACUCAUAAACAGUUGCCAAGGUCAGAGGGUGGUGUGGGGCUGCCGGAGACAGGCCGCAGGGCUUCGUUCAGCACUCGCCGUUCAGACAGCUCAUCUGCAGUGAGGAGUGGAGUGAGCAGCAGGCCCCAGGCCAGGGUUCCUACUAAAUUUGCACAGACUCUUGCCAGCCAUGGAUCUAAGGCCUAAAUGGAGAGUUUAUGUCACUGUGUUCUUAUUCCAUGUUCUGGAAUCCUUCUUUGAUUCUGGUGCAUGGACUCCUUUUCUGGCACUGAAUGGUUUUCUGGCCCUCCUCCUCCUCCUCCUCCUCCUCCUUUUGCUCUAGCACCCACUUCUGACUUUUUAGCCUGGUGACUUUGGUGCGACCUUGACCUUGGUGUUACUUCCUCACUGCUCGUCCUGGAACCCAGAACGGAGGAGCUACCUCGCUGGUCUUCCACCCUGACACUCCUGACCCUCACUACCAAACCCUAUUAUAAACACGCAGCAGUCGCCGGUAGCUCUCAAUAGCUCAUAUCAGCCAAUGGCUGCAGGUAUAUCAGCGCAAGUCACAGGUAUCUCUCAUUUGCAGCUUUUGCAGAGUGGAAGUAAGGUGCAGCACAUAGUAGAGGCACAACUUGUACGUGUGAGUAGGCCAUAGCCGUGUGGCAUGACGAUGUCUCAGUUGGUCUGGAGAGCAGCUUCCUCCAGCUUCACUCAGCUCCACUCUUCCUGCGUGUGUGUACGAUGCUUUUGCACAGGUGGAAGCCUGGACCCAUGGACUGUUAAAACGAUGCGUGAUGGAGUACAGCUGUCUAUGCAACCCAGCAGCGGUGUGAGGUUGUGUGGGAUGGGAUUCGCGCCAGUUAAAGAGUAAAUGGGAUGCUGUUCACUACUGUUUUUUUCUGAUUUCUUUGUUUAUUUGUUUUUUUUAAUCCUCAAGAUUUGGAGAAACAAAGAGGUGUUUUAGACUUUAAAGAGUUUUGUGCCUUGCAGUUAUUUCUUAUAACUUUUGUUAAAACACUGCUUUUUUCCAUGUCGCGUGUUCAGUAAUUGUUGAGAACGUGGACUUAACAAGCAAGGUUUGAGACUAAUGAAUGGGGCAUCUGUAUAUAUGUAUACUGUACGUGCAAAUCUUGGUGUAGACCGAUGGUAUAAAUGCUUGUGUUAGUGUACAACUGUGUGUGUUCUGUGAUGUGAAUAAUUAUAAGCCUUAAAGUGCUAGAAUGCAUGGUUAACUGUAUACAAGCUCUUCAGAAAUAAACAUAAUUUAUUGAA